AUGAACUUCCUAGAAAAUUGUUCUAGAAAGAGUGCUCGCCAAACUGCAAUCAUUGCAGUCUUCUGGUUUAUGCAGUUCGCCAUCCAACGAGGUUCGUCUGUUCAAGAAGGACGACUGUGGACGACAUUCACAGGCUCGGGCCAAAUCUCCAAAGGCCCCGGCAACACCGCGGCUGAGGCCCUCGUCAAAUGGCCUGUCAACAACAGGCUGGGCCCCAAUACGGUGCCCAGGGGCUCCUACACAACCCUUCUCUCCCUUCAAAACCAAACCGGAGGCUUUACGUCUCUUGUAAACAUGACGUCGAACGUCAAUAUUAACGACGUUGAGGUGAACAUGGAUGAAAAUGACGGCACUUGGAGGCGUCCGAUCGCCGGGGUGCGCGAGCUGCGCGCCAGCGCCAGUCAGGACAACAGAUUUGUGAGCAAAAACAACAGCGUCGUGACAGCACAGGUGGCAUCCACUGCCAUCCUGCACUGCCGCACUAGCAGUGCCACCGGGGGACUGGU